CCGCCCCGGCCCAGACGGUCCCCGCCCGGGGCAGGCGGCAGCGGGGCCCCGCUCUGGAGCAGCCGCCGGGAGCCCUGACGGUCCUGCUCCCGGGCCCGGGGUCUCGCUGUCUUCCCUCCGACCCAGGCGCGUCCCACGCACGAGGGGCCCCAGACCUCGGACCCACGGCCCCCGACCGUGCUGUGCGCCCUGCUUGUCCCCGGACGCCCGGGGUCCUCUUCCAGCUCCACUGCACAGCGCUGCGACCUGCGGGCGCCUGGGGGCCCUGACUCAGACCUCCCCACCUGCGGGUCCCGCCGCCCCGUCCUCCUCUCGGUUCCCGAGUCGCGUGACUUCCAUGUCGCGCCUCCUCGGACUCUGACCUCCAGCUCCCGCACUCCGAGAGCUUCACCCUGGUGGCCGCUGAGCCACGGCCGGCCGGCGUCCUGACCCAAAGAUCCCGACUGGGCCUCUUACAAGCUGGGCAUCUUCAUCUGCCUCAACUGCUCGGGGGUCCACCGCAACUUCCCGGACAUCAGCAAAGUUAAAUCCGUGAGGCUUGACUUCUGGGACGACAGUAUCGUGGAGUUUAUGAUCCACAACGGAAACCUCCGUGUAAAGGCCAAGUUUGAAGCCAGAGUUCCAGCUUUCUACUACAUCCCCCAAGCCAGCGACUGCCUGGUCUUAAAGGAACAAUGGAUUCGAGCUAAGUAUGAGAGACAGGAAUUUAUGGCUGAUGGGAAAACCAUCUCACCCCCAGGUAACCGAGAAGGAUUCCUGUGGAAGCGGGGAAGGGACAACGCACAGUUCCUGAGAAGAAGGUUUGUCCUUCUGGCAAGAGAGGGCCUCCUGAAGUACUACACUAAGGAAGAGGGUAAAACCCCUAAAGCUGUCAUCAGCAUCAAGGACUUGAAUGCCACCUUCCAGACAGAGAAGAUAGGGCACCCGCAUGGGCUGCAGAUCACCUACAGGAAAGAGGGCCACACCAGGAACCUGUUUGUGUACCAUGAAAACGGGAAGGAGAUAGUGGACUGGUUCAACGCCCUCCGCGCGGCCCGUCUGCAGUACCUAAAAAUGGCCUUUCCUGAGCUCCCAGAGUCUGAGCUCCUGCCCCUCCUCACCAGGAACUACCUCAAACAAGGCUUCAUGGAAAAGACUGGCCCAAAGCAGAGAGAACCUUUCAAGAAAAGGUGGUUCGCUCUGGAUUCCCAGGAGCGGAGGCUGCUCUAUUACAAGAACCCGCUGGAUGCUUUUGAGCAGGGCCAGGUUUUUCUCGGGAGCAAUGAGCAGGGGUAUGAAAUAUACGAAGACCUCCCCAAGGGCAUCCGAGGGAAUCGCUGGAAAGCCGGCAUCACCAUUGUCACCCCGGAGCGGAGAUUCGUCCUCACCUGCCCCAGCGAGAAAGAGCAGCGGGAAUGGCUGGAGAGUCUGCGGGAUGUCCUGUCUCGCCCCUUAACACCCCUCAACCUCAUCACUGCAUCAACAGAGAGUGGCUGCAGCAGCAGGUGACCCCUCAGCUGAGGAACCGCCUGGCCACCAAACACCCGGAGCUCUCCCGGCAGGAAGGAGAGGUUCUCACCUCGGUCCUGGUUGCCCAGCAUUAGUGGCCCACAGUCAGUAACCAUCCCUGGCAGUGAACUUCGCCAACACUGAAGCUGUGGUGGCUUUAUCCGCCAGCUCCUUGGGCCUUCCCCGCUGCCCAGCCCUAGGGAUGUGGUACAAGGAUCAACACGUAUGCCUUCCUCCCCAUGCACCUCCAGGCUUGAAAUGUCCUUAAGGUUCAGAACUUCCAGAGGUGUGGCACAUAGAGUAAACAUAUUUUAAAAAAUGAAAAUAAAAUAAAAACAACAAGGCCCAGAGCUUUCUCACAUCUGAAAUGGAGACUUUGCAAUGAAAAGGCCCCCACGGCAUCGUGCAAGUGGCAUUUUUUUAGCUGUACACAAAGCAAGGAAAAAAAAUAGUUUAAUCUGAAUUUAACCAGAAGGAAAUAAUCAGACAAAUCCACAUUCUGCUAAACAACUGCGAUGGACUCUUCAAACAUGUCAAUAUCAUGGAAGUUAAAGUAGCCCGGGAACUGUUCUAGGUUAAAGGAGAAUAAACAUGGCAACCAAAUGCAAUUCAUGAUUCUCGACUGGAUCCUGGACACUAUUCUUUAAAAGAACAGCUGUAUACAUGCUCAAAGGGAUCAUAGAAAGAAAAAUAAAACAAAACAAAAAGAACAGCUGUAAAGGACAUAGCUGAGAUACUUGGGGACAUUUGGAUAUGGAUGUAUAUUAGUUAAUAGAACUAUAAGAUUGUGAUAAUUAUGCUGUAUUUGUAUAGGAGAAUGUUCUUGUUCUUAGGAGAUACAUGCUAAAGUAUUUAGGGGUAAAAUAUAAUGAUGUCUACAAUUGAUUCUUAAAAUGGUUCAGCAAAAAAUAAGUUUAUGUGUACAUGUAUAUUUAUAGAGUAUAUAUGUAUGUGUGUGUACAUAUAUAUAUAUAUAUAUGGAGAGAGAGUAUACACCAGUGUGCACAAUGUUAGCAACUGAUGAGUCUAGAUGAAGUAUAGAUGGAUGUUUAUUGUUUAUUCAUGCAAAUUUUAUAUAGAUUUGAAAGUUUUCAAAUUAACAAGUCGGGGGAAAAUAAACACCAAUUUUUCACUCUUCAAAAGCAGUAGUAUUUCUGU